AUGCCAAAUAUGCGUAGGAAAACAGGCCAGGCUCUCGAGCUUCUGCGCAUAUUUCAGCAUGGCCCGGGGACAUGGAUGGAUGUGAUGGACCACGCGAUGAAUUUUCAAAGAGAAGUAGUCAAAGGCGCUUUCUCGUCACAGCUUCUCCAGUGCGCAAUUUGUGCGUUGUCUGCCAAGCAUAUGAGCUUCAUAGCCGAAAAGUUUGUUUGGGAUCCUGUGGCGUCGAGUUACUACGGUGAGAGCCUCAAGUUGCUCAUCAAGGAGAUAUCUCAGCCUUAUAUCAGCCACGACAUUCUCCUUGCGGCUACCAUCUUGCUGUCCAGUUACGAACUACUGUCUAAUCUGAGCCCGGAUCACGAAAAGCAUCUUUUUGGUGCACGUACGAUUAUGCAAGCUGGUGAUCUAAAAAAGAACGAAAGCAGUUUGUAUCGUGCAAGUUUUUGGGUCUAUGCCAGGCAGGACGUAGCACUCGCACUGGUUAACGAGUGUCCGACCCUUACGCCAACAUGUGAUUGGGAUACUAUGCUCCCCGGAGAUGGGAUCGGGGAAGAUACUACGGCAAAUCGAAUGUUGUGCCUCCUGGCUAGAGUGAUCAACUUGAAGUUUACAACAGCAUCAACUAUGGGAUCUACUGGGCAGGGUCAGAAGCUAACCAAGGUCUCUGUUGAUAUCGAUCACUGGUGGGAUAAUCUAGCUCUGACAUCUAGGGGUGUUAUUGUUGGGGACAGGUCAGCUGAUGGACUCUCACAAACCUGGUUUUGUGCACCGGCAGCGGCUGCCGGUUUCUUGUACUAUCAUUUGGCAAGUAUCCUAUUGAUCGAAACUACGCAACGGUAUCAUCACAGUGUGGAGCCUCUGGUGGAAAUCCCAGGUUCUCCGGAGCAUCAGAGCGUACUAAAAAACAAGCUCUUUUUUCAUGCUCAGUCGAUUGCAUCAGCAUGUCUUACUGGUUUCCUUCCGGACGGGGUCCAAUUUAUAGCUGUGAACCCUCUUUUCUAUGCGGCGAGAUAUAUUCGAUCGCUAGCCUUGAAAACUAAGUUGUGGGCAAUGUUAAAUGGAAUCGAGGCUCGCCUAGGCUUCCACACAAAAAGCCGAGUUGCUCAGUCACAACUGGAAGCGCAGCAAUUCCAUGGAACCGAUGUCUGA